AUGGCGCUCACUACAGAGCCUGGGCAGCACCCGUUGCAGCCAUUGGAUAUCAUCACCCAGUCAGUAUGCCUAGCCAUCAGCACUUUCUGCGUCGGUAUGCGACUGUACACGAAAUUGUUGAUAACCAAAUCCCCCGGAUGGGAAGACUUCACCUGUGUCCUCGCAUGGAUGCAGCUGGGUCUGAUCGUCUAUGCGAUUGUCAGCUUUGAAGCCGACAGACAUGGCAACGGAUACCACCAGUGGGAGGUGAACGCAACAGACCUGCAAGAGUUCUCCAAGCUCGCAAACGUCUCACAGAUUAUCUACGGACCAAUCAUCUUUGUCACUAAACUAUCCAUCUUCCUGCUCUAUCUGCGGAUCUUUGCCCCGUCGACUAGAAGCAAAACGCAUAUUUUCAUCCAGGUCCUCAUCUGGGUGAACCUCCUUUUCUACACGGCCAACACGAUCGUCAAGAUCUUCGAGUGCACCCCUCGAUCCAAAAUCUGGGAUCGGGGUACCCCGGGGAUAUGUGUUAACAUCAACAGUCUGAUAAUGACGGCAGCGGUGUUCAAUGUGCUGUCGGAUUUUAUCAUCUUACUUCUGCCCAUCGCAUGCGUGUGGCGGUUGCAGAUGAAGCUCACAAAGAAACUGGCCACCUCGGCUGUAUUUGCCGCUGGUGCUUUAACGGCCGAAAUCACAUCCGGAAUCGUUGCGAGUUGUCUCCCCGCGGUCCCGUCGGUGUUCCGACUCUUCUUCCAGAAAACCAGAACGAUACUAUCCGAACGGGGCUCUCGCCACAGCACGCUCAAGGCGCUGGACUUCUCCCCGCGGUCGCAUCCUACCCGACAGACGAAGCAGUCGAACGAUAGUGACACGGAGUUGUACCCGUGCGACAGCAGUCCGUGGGAGCGGGAGCCAGAGCCGAGGCUUGGAGAUGUGUUCCAAGGGCUUUGCUAUACAAGGUCAGGGGCUAGAGGCGGAGAUGAUGGCGAUAAGUUGGUAGAUGGAGGCGAAAUUGCAGAUGGAGGAGGUGGUCCGCGCCAGGGAAUCCUCAAGAUUGUCGAGGUGGAUAUAGAAUCGGCGCCGGGCCGCCGUGAUAAGAGGUAA